AUGAGAUUAUUACCAGAAAGUCCUCAAGCCCCACUAGAGGGUGGUACAAGGGCAGGUAGAGUCUGUAGUGAGGGCUUGUCAGCCUCCUUGAACAGGGCACUUUGGUACACCCCUCAUUAUGGAUGCCCAGAGCCCCCCUCAGGGAAAAGGCUCACAUGUAGGUCACAUGGAGAUUACUACUGCAAGGCAUGGGGCUGUGAGACCUUCACGAAUGGUGGCUGGAUACUGGGAGGAGGAACUGACAAACAUAUUCUUUUUACCCGAGAUAAAAGCAGAGAACCGGGUAGAGGAUGGGAUGCGGACUGCGCAGCAAACAGGUGUAACCCUACUACCGUGACAGUCUUGAACCCAGGAGACUCAGGGUGGCUAAAAGGUCACACCUGGGGUCUCAGGCUCCAUGUCAGAGGUACAGACCCGGGGACCUUCUUUACAGUAAGAAGGCUGCCCACUCAGGGGAGACCGUUAUUAAGAGGGGGAACGGGAAAGCUGCCACCUCGCCCACCCAAACCCACCACCAGUCCGGGAAAAGGCGAGGGCCCCUCAACGCUUGAAACACCCAUAGGGGCCAGCGGAAACCAGAGUGAGACCAUAGAAAAUUCACAACUCGAGGGUGCGAACAACUUAAGGCUUCCCCUCGGAGAUCCUAAGCCCUUAAUAGAGAAACCACACCACCAAGGGGAAUCAGCCUUAAGUCUGUUAGAGCAAGUGUUUCCAUAUUUUAACAAUACCCAGCCUAACAUAACCGAGUCCUGCUGGUUAUGUCUCAGCCCCAGACCCCCAUUCUAUGUAGGCUUAGGGGUUAACACCACCGGGGAAGGAGAAGGGGUGCCUAAGACAAAACCCCUUCCCGAGAACCCGGACCAGGACCAAAUGAAAGACUUCCAACAGUGUACAUUUGAAAGUACCCUCACAUUAGCAGAAUUCCAUGGGCGAGGCACCUGUUAUUUGCUAGCGAACUAUACCCUUGCAGCCUCAAACUAUAGUGACUAUUGCCUUAACCAAGAGCAUUUGCCGAGAGACCCUAGGAAUUUGACUAUUACAUUAGCUCCAGAAGGACUGUGGUUUGUCUGCACUCAAGGUAUCUUCAAGUGUCUAGUACCAACCAAUCCUGAGCUAUGUGUUAGUGCUUACAUCAUUCCCCAAGUGUACUUAUAUGGGGGAAACCCUGAUUUUCUGAUACAUGCCCCCAUUCGAACCAAGCGAGUCCCAUUGCUAAUUCCCAUCGUCGCCACUAUCGGUGUCGUAGGGUCGGCUGCUGUAGGAGCAGGAGCAUUGAUCCAUGGGGAAAACAGUCUCAGGGCCUUGUCACAGACUUUCUCCAAAGACGUCUCCUUACUCCAAGAGCAAGUAGAAUAUUUAGAGCGCCAAGUAGACUCCCUAGCAGAAGUAGCACUCCAAAAUCGAAGGGGGUUAGAUCUAGUAUUCCUGCAACAAGGAGGAGUUUGUGCAGCUCUUGGAGAAGAUUGUUGUUUCUAUGCCAACCACUCAGGAAUAAUUAGAGAAAGUGUAAAAAUACUCACUAGACGACUUAAAAGUAGAGAACAGGAGGAUGAGUCGUCCUCCUGGUAUUCUUCCCUAUCUAAGACUUCCCCUUGGCUAAAUACAUUGAUAUCGGCACUAGCCGGCCCCUUGAUCAUCCUCCUAUUAGCCCUGACCAUAGGCCCAAUAAUUCUAAACAAGCUCAUGGCUUUUAUUAAAGAUAGAAUAGAAACAGUAAAACUUAUGGUAUUGUCUCAGCCCUAUACAAUCCUUCCUCAAGAGGAGCAUGAGUCAAGGGUUUGA